AUGAAGAGCAGCCAGGACGACAGCAAGAGUGGGAGCAUCAAGGCGGCUGCCAACGCCCACAGCUGUGCGCAGAUACGCUCUUCUGGGGGCGUCGCAUCGUCGCGGUCGAGGAAUCGACGUUCUGGCGACGUCGUCAUGUCAAGGGGGGAACAGGGUGGCGCAGUGACGGGCAAGCGUAACGGGGAAGUGUCGACUAGGACGAUGAGGUCUUCCCUACCUGGCGCAGCUACGGCGAGGAGCCUGGGCCUGCCACUGGCUGACUUCAGCACCGUGGGCUGCAUCUUUACUGCGACCACCACGGGAGGUCGCCACGUGCCCGCGCCCGCGAUUGCACCGACAGUAUUCCUGAGGGUGUUCUUCCCUGGUCAGGCUACGAGAUGCGGAGGGACCAUCAUAACAAAGCGGCACGUGCUGACGGCUGGACAUUGUACGCUGCUGAAUGACGAAGAGGCUGUGAAGAUUGACGUCAUCUACGGCAGCAAUGACAUUCACAAGGGGACGACCCUGAAAGCCAUGAAGAUGAUUCGUCAUCCCGAAUUUGACGCCGCCAAGUUUCUCCACGACAUAGCCAUACUUCUGGUAGAUAACGAAUUCGAGUAUGGAAACAACGCAAGGCCAAUAUGUGUUCCGUCUGCGCCCGUGAAUAUCUUCAACUCGGACGUCGUCGUUGCCGGUUGGGGCUUCCUUUCCCAAGACGGCAAGGCUGUGGAUUACCUUCGGUACACGGUCGUCAAGGUCGUGCCUAACGCACGUUGCGCCGACAAGUUCCAGCACACCGGCUACCGGAAAGACCUCAUGUACUGUGCGUACAGGCUUAACACCGAUGCUUGUCAGGGAGACUCGGGAGGUCCGAUGAUGACACGAGUCCAAGAUGGCCGCUACCUUCAAGUCGGCAUCGUAUCCUACGGCAUCGGGUGCGCGCUGGACGACAUGCCGGGGGUGUACGCGCGCCUUGAAGCCCUCGUUCCCUGGUUAUUGAAGUCCAUUGGCGCCUAUGAAAGCUACAGGGACCUCAGUAUGGAGGACAUUCCGGUCCCAGCGAAAUAG